UUGAAAUCGUCAGAAAAAAAAUUGAAAUGCAGAGUCGGCAGUUUUGUUUUGUGGACGUACUCGCCUCGCUUGUUUAUCAGCAGCUAAGCGAGUUUCUCUCUCCUCAGAGGUUUCGUUUUACUGAUGUGUUCGCCUCGCUUGUGUAUCAGCGGCUAAGCGAGUUUCUCUCUCCUCAGAGGUUUUGUUUUGCCGAUGUGCUCACCUCGCUUGUCUAUCAGCGGCUAAGCGAGUUUCUCUUUCCUCAGAGGUUUCAUUUUGCCGAUGUGCUUGCCCCCCUUGUGUAUCAGCGGCUAAGCAAGGUUCUCUCUCCUCAGAGGUUUCGUUUUACCGAUGUGUUCGCCUCGCUUGUGUAUCAGCGGCUAAGCGAGUUUCUCUCUCCUCAGAGGUUUUGUUUUGCCGAUGUGCUCACCUCGCUUGUCUAUCAGCGGCUAAGCGAGUUUCUCUUUCCUCAGAGGUUUCGUUUUGCAGAUGUGCUCUCCUCGCUAGUGUAUCAGCGGCUAAGCGAGUUUCUCUCUCCUCAGAGGUUUCAUUUUGCUGAUGUGCUCGCCCCCCUUGUCUAUCAGCGGCUAAGUGAGUUUCUCUCUCCUCAGAAGUUUCGUUUUGCCGAUGUGCUCGCCCCCCUUGUCUAUCAGCGGCUAAGCGAGUUUCUCUCUCCUCAGAGGUUUUGUUUUGCCGAUGUACUCGCCUCGCUUGUCUAUCAGCGGCUAUGCGAGUUUCUCACUCCUUAGAGGUUUCGUUUUGCCGAUGUGCUCGUCCCCCUU